AGUCAGCGCACGUCUGGUCCCGUGGUGGCUGAGAGGAAGUGUGAGACGCUGUAUCCUGUUCUAUGGGACUCUUGCCGCGCACUCACUUCCUACAAGCUACACACCUAUGUGCGUGUCCUGUACGGUCUGUGCCGUUACCGGGACCCACCAUGCUCUCCUUGGAGCAAGUGAAGCGGAGCCUGGAGAGCACAGGGCAGGCUCACGUUCUGCAGUUUUGGCCCGAGCUGAGUGAGGCGGAGAGACACGGUUUCCUCCAGGAGUUGUCCCAGCUGGACCUCAAGGGCCUGAGCGAUCACUGCGAAGGAGCUGUGAGAGCCGCUGCCGUCCCGCCCUGCCGCCUGGAUGAGCACGUGGAGCCGGUUCCCGCCGAGUCCAUCGGCAGCGCGAGGACCAGUGCCGAAGACUCCGUGGCAGCUUGGGGAAAUGAAGGGCUUUUGCAGAUCUCAAAGAAUCGAGUUGGGGUCCUGCUCUUGGCUGGGGGUCAGGGGACCCGUCUUGGUGUUCAGUAUCCAAAAGGGAUGUAUAAUGUUGGACUACCAAGCUGCAAAACCUUGUAUCAAAUACAGGCAGAGCGCAUUCACAAAAUCCAGGAGCUGGCCGACAGAAAGUUUGACUCCAAAUGCACCGUUCCAUGGUACAUAAUGACCAGUGAGUUCACUCUGGCUCCCACUGAGAAGUUCUUCAAGGAGAACAACUACUUUGGUUUGCAGCCAUCAAACAUUGUAAUGUUUGAGCAAAGAAUGCUCCCCGCAGUGACCUUUGAUGGAAAGGUCAUCCUGCAAGGGAAAGGGAAGUUAGCCAUGGCCCCAGAUGGUAAUGGUGGUCUGUACCAGGCACUAGUGGACAACAAGGUGCUGGAGGACAUGAAGAAGAGGGGAGUGGAGUACUUGCAUGUGUACUGUGUCGACAACAUCCUGGUCAAAAUGGCCGACCCUGUGUUUAUUGGCUUCUGUGUGAGCAAAGGGGCUGACUGCGGAGCCAAGGUGGUGGCGAAGGUGCACCCUGCUGAGCCAGUGGGCGUGGUUUGCCGGGUGAAAGGUGUGUCCCAGGUAGUGGAGUACAGUGAGAUCCAACCAGAGACCGCUGAGCUCCGAGGACCUGGAGGGGAGUUGGUGUACAGUGCUGGAAACAUCUGCAAUCACUUUUUUACAAGGACCUUUCUGCAGGAUGUAGCAGAGGUGUAUAAAGGCCAACUGAAACAACAUGUUGCCUUCAAGAAAGUGCCCUUUGUUGACACUUGUGGCAAUCAAGUCAAACCCACCAAACCCAACGGCAUUAAGAUGGAGAAAUUUGUUUUUGAUGUCUUUCCAUUCUCACGGAACUUUGUUGCCUUUGAGGUUGUGAGGGAGGAUGAGUUUUCUCCGCUAAAAAAUGCAGACGGAGCCACCAUCGACAGCCCAACCACGGCCAGGAACGCUUUGCUGGCUCAGCACUGCCGCUGGGCAACAGCCGCAAAAGCAACGCUGUUAGAUGAACGAGGGAAUCCCCUUCCUCCUUCAGACAGUUUAUCAGCAGAGGACAACCCCCCAGCUCAGUGUGAGAUUUCCCCACUGGUCUCCUACUUUGGUGAGGGCCUGGAGCAGCUGCUCAAAGGGAGGACACUGGCAACCCCUCUCAUCCUCGAUGAAAAACUGGCCAAAGGGCUGCAGGCUCAGUGACCCUUCUCUGAUGAAUAGUGUGAGAGACAAGAGCAGAUAUCCAACUCUGGAGCAGGUGUUUAGAAGAAUCAGCCCAAGAAUGCACCAUUGCUUAUACAUAUUUGAACUUAACAUAAUAAUGAUAAAAAACAGUCACACAUAUUGCGUUAUUCUGUUGAGGAAGAGUUAGAAAUCUUUUGAUUGAACAAAUAAAACCAAAUUCAUUUUAAAUUGCAUUGCUGUACAUGAAAUUAAAA